GCAAAGAAAGUCCAAUGUUUAUGUUUGGGAGGUUGAACAGAGCUCAACAUGUAGCUUCACUCAGAGGAAAGAACUAAGUUAGAGCUUGAAUCAAGGAAAGAAACGACGUGUUUAAACACAACUGAGACCAAUAACUUUGACUCUGGGUAUUGGGAAGAGAAAAGGGAGCCAGUGAAUAUGGAGGGUGAGAAGGAAGAAGAAGACUCUGACACCAGAUGGAAUGAAGAGCUCAGGCUGGUCCUCAUCGGAAAGACCGGAUCUGGCAAGAGUGCGUCUGGAAACACCAUCCUUGGCCGGAGGCAGUUCCUGUCACAGAUCAGUGCCAGCUCUGUCACUCAGAUUUGCCAGCUCGGGAGCACUGAGAUCUCAGAGGAAGAGGAUGCUGAGGAGGAAGGCCGGACUGUCACACAGAGGAGGAUGAGGAGAGUCACAGUGGUUGACAUGCCGGGGUUCGGAGACACUCACCUGAGUGUGGAGCAGAUCCAUGCGGAGGUAGCCAAAUGUGUGUCUCUCUCUGCCCCUGGGCCACAUGCGUUCCUCCUGGUGGUGCCGAUAGGACGCUAUACGGACAAUGAGAACCAGGCUGCCUGCGGGUUGACCAGGAUAUUUGGGGAGGAUGCAGUCCGUCACCACACAGUGGUUCUUUUUACCAGAGGGGAUGACCUGGAGGGCAUGGGGAUUGAGGAUUAUCUGAGGGAGACUGCACCUGCUGGUCUUAUGGCUUUGAUUGACAAGUGUGGGGGCAGAUACCAUGUACUUAACAACAAAGACCCCGGUAACUCAGUGCAGGUUACAGAACUCCUAAUGAAGGUGGACAAGAUGGCAAAGCAGACUAGACAAGGGUUUUAUACCAAUGUCAUGUUUUUAGAAGCAGAGGCUGCCAUCAGGGAGGAGCAGAAAAGGAUGUUGAUGGAGCGAGGGACAGCAGAGGGGGAAGAACAAGAGGGUAACGAUUGCAGCAUGGAGGAGGAAGCUAAACUUGCUAAAAGGAGAAAGUGCGACUUGGAGUUUAACAGAGCAGAUAGCACAGAUAGAGGACCAGAAGGGGUCAGGAGGAGGGAGUUUGAGAGAGGAAAUGUAGAGGAUUUUAGGGUGGAGAGGUGGAGAGAGGAGAGCAGAGGCAACCCCUUCAGCUUCCUGAGAGACAGAGCUGAACGUUGUAGGGACCAGUUCAGAGGCGGGCACAGGGCUGUGAGCAGGCGCCAGUCCGUCCGCUCAUCUCUGCUUCACUUGAGGAGGGAGGCUGCGCUGUCCGCUAAGGUGCUGGAGAGAGUUAAGAUCCUGGUGGCUGCUGGAGCCACGGGCAUGGUGGUGGGGGCAGUGUUUGGGGUAGCUGCCCCAUUAGCAGCUGCGGCAGGCGCAUCAUUUGUGGGGAACUCGGUUGGCUUUGCUGCGAGUCAGUUUGCUGGGAUGUCUGUAGCGGGAGGCACAGGUGCGGGGAAAGCUGUGGGGGCCAUAGUGGCGGCAGCCUCAGGGAAAACCGCCCUGGCUCUGGGGGCAGCAACAGGUGGAGUUUUGGGUGGUUCUGUUGGAGCCAUUGCUGGUACUGAAGCUGACAGUCCUGGGGAGGGUGCUCUGGAUGCCCUGGGGCAGGUUAGUCUCAUAGGGGCUUCUGUGGUGGGAGUGGCAGCAGGUGUGGGAGGCACCAUGGGAGCUGGGGCUGCUUUAAGCGCAGCUCUGGAGGGAGCAGCUUUCAGCACAGCAGCACUCGGUGGAGCUGAAACUGCAUCAGUAGGUGCAGCAGGACUAGCUAAUGCCUCUGUAGCUCAGAGCAGUUUAGCCUCAGCAGCAGGGCAGCAGGCAGUGGCCACCGUAGGAAGUGUAGCUGCAGGUACUGGGACUCCUCCGUGUGCUGCAGCCGGAGCAGCUUUAGCUCAGGAGAUGGCAGCGAAUGUCCCACUGGCUGCUGGUGCUCCCGGUGUUCUGUGUGGCUUAACUGGGCCCAGUGUGACAUCAGUGGCCAGCAGGGCUGUGUCAGAUCCCUGGGGCACCGUGGCGGUAUCGACACGCAUCGUGACUGCGGUGGCUGAGAUAGGCAAGGCUGCAGCAGGCAUUGCCUUGGCUGGUGGUCUGGUAGUGAAGGUGGUGAAGGAAAAAAUAAGAUGUGGCACAGGAACAACAGAAGCCAGUUACUCAGAGAAGAAGUCGUAUGAGGUCUACUGGAACAAAUAAAUACAGGUUAAGACUGGAGUCAUAACACAGGGAAUGAGAUUAUAUUCAUAUUUGUUUCCCUGGUCUUCUGAUAUAGUACUACACUCAGUAGCAGUGAAAGAUAUUGCUUUGCCACGGAAAUGCAAAGCACCUCAACGAUACAAUCACAAAUGAUAAUAGACAACAGAGAGCAGAUAUUGUAAUUGCAGUAUAUUGGUUGGAACGGUUUGAGGGAGGCGAAUGAGUUCAGUGACGUUUGCAAUGUUGUGUGGGAUGACUAAUAAAGACAAACACAUUUCCAACAAAAAUCAAUUUUUAUGAAGUUAUUCAUCUCACAGUUGGUUGGUUUUGAACACGACCUAAUGUCCUCAAACACAUAAUAAAAAUAAAGAGAAAAUUACUUUUGGGAACUGGGCUGCUGAAAAUGUCGGUCACACAGUUCAGCAGUGUGAACUCAGUCGAAUGAAUGAUAUUAUUUAAUGAAGGUUUACAAUUUGACUUAUUUUAAUCUUUUACUCUUUCUUAGGAAGAAUCACUAAAAAUAAGAUAUUUUGCUGGGUGAAAAAAACAAUGUUUUAAUGUAAUUAAGCUUACUCAUUACAGUAAUGGGUGUUGUAAAUGAACAAAAGGUCUGAAGUAUUAUAUUUAUAUCCUCAGUGUUUGUACUUGCAGAUGACAGUGGGUGGUUGCUUUGCAGUGUUUCACAUCCUGUAAUAUGUACCCAAAAUUUGAGUUUUGAUCCAACCCUGAUUUAAACUUCUGGAAAUGUAUCAACAGCUCAAUGUUUACUUUGGUGAAGUGAAUUAAACAAAA